CCUGAUCUCAGAGUUUCUUAGAGAAAGGAGAGAGAAAGACAGACAGAGAGAGAGAGAGAGAGAGAGAGAGAGAGAGAGAGAGAGAGAGAGAGAGAGAGAGAGAGAAGUAUUUUGAAUAUAUUUGAACCUCAGGGGCUGACAUAGACAGUAGAGGCUCCGCAGGAGGCUCCGAGAGGCCACACUGCCUAUCGCCCUUCUGGCUGUUCUACCUCUUCAAUGCCCCGAAGGUCUGAGACUGCAGAGCGGGGGCACGGAGUGUCUCGCUAACUGGGCCAGGCAGUGACGCGGGACCGGCGCACCCUCCCACCCCCACCCUAACGGCACUGACACCGGGGCACCGGCGCGGGUCCCUGCAUCAGCUAGCUCCGGAGCUGCGCGCUCCACGAUGGCUCCGGGCCGGGCAGUGGCCGGGCUGCUGCUGCUGGCGGCCACCAGCCUGGGACACCCCUCGGAGGGACCGGAGCUCGCCUUCAGUGAGGAUGUGCUGAGCGUGUUCGGCGCCAACCGGAGCCUGUCGGCCGCGCAGCUGGGGCGCCUGCUGGAGCGUCUGGGGGCUGCAUCCCAGCAGGGAGCGCUGGACCUGGGCCAGCUGCACUUCAACCAGUGUUUGUCAGCAGAAGACAUCUUUUCUCUUCAUGGUUUCUCAAAUGUCACCCAGAUAACCAGCUCGAACUUCUCUGCCAUCUGCCCCGCGAUCUUACAGCAGCUGAACUUCCAUCCCUGCGAGGAUCUAAGAAAGCACAACGCAAAGCCCAGUCUUUCCGAAGUCUGGGGCUAUGGAUUCCUGUCAGUGACAAUUAUCAAUCUGGCCUCUCUCCUGGGAUUGAUUUUAACCCCCUUGAUAAAGAAGUCUUAUUUCCCCAAGAUUUUAACUUAUUUCGUGGGACUCGCUAUUGGGACUCUUUUCUCAAACGCCAUUUUCCAGCUUAUUCCAGAGGCAUUUGGAUUUAAUCCCAAAAUUGACAAUUACGUUGAGAAAGCAGUUGCUGUGUUUGGUGGAUUUUACAUGCUUUUCUUUGUCGAGAGAACACUUAAGAUGCUACUGAAAACAUAUGGCCAGAAUGACCAUACUCACUUCAGGAAUGAUGACUUUGGUUCUAAAGAAAAAACCCACCAACCCAAAACGUUACCAUUGCCUGCAGUCAACGGUGUGACUUGCUAUGCCAACCCCGCUGUCACUGAGCCUAACGGACACAUCCACUUCGACACUGUCAGCGUUGUAUCCCUCCAGUGGUAGAAAUCAAAUUCAAAUUAUCCAUGGCCAAAGGAUUAAUUGGUGGAAAGAAAACUGCUAUCUUGUAUGGGGAGCCAAGCUUCUGGGACAGAACUAUCAGCACCAUCAGCACCAUCAGCACCAUCAGCACCAUCAGCAUCAUCAGCACCAUCAGCACCAUCAGCACCAUCAGCACCAUCAGCACCAUCAGCACCAUCAGCACCAUCAGCACCAUCAGCAUCAUCAGCACCAUCAGCACCAUUAGCAUCAUCAGCACCAUUAGCAUCAUCAGCCCUUCUUCUCCACAGCAUCUCAGUAUCACUUUGUUCCUGAUGCCUGAACUAUCCCCUUUCAGGAAAUAGCCCUGGACAGCUCCUGAGACUUAACAUAAUUUCAGUUUCUAGGAUGGAACCGACUUCUUGUUUUUAAACCUCCAAUCCCUUGUUAGCAUCCUCUUGGUCUGCUUUCUAUUAGGUAGUCACUUUAGACUGAACGAAGUGUUUAGAAGAUGGCCAGGCUCCUUGUUGGGCUUUGAAGGAACACGAGGGUUAAACUAACAGGAAGUUAUUUAUUGUGGUGCCACAAAUGAUGCUUUUCAAUAAGAUUUUAAAAAGAAAAUGGAGAUGUCUAAAUAGAUAAUUUUACAUCAUACUCACAAUUGACAUUUUAUUGAGUGCUCCAGGUCCGUGCCUUUAACAAUAGACUAAUUAUCUUACCACUCCAUAAACUAAAGGACAAAUACUAUUUUAAUUAGGAUGCGAGGACUUAGAGAUGUUAACCAACCCAAUAUAGAAUACAGAUGGAGCAGGCAGAUGAUUAAAGAGGGGUGCUGGGAGGACAGAGCCACUGGUGUGCACUGUAAUUAUCAUCAGGCAGAUGGAGAGGAUACAUCUUCGGUGUGACUCAUCCGGUAAAUGCAGAUCCCCAAGCUACGAAGUCAAGCAUACUAAGAUAAGUGAGCAGUUGAGAUGAGAAGAAAAACAACCCAGAGAAAUAAAAAGGAGAAAAGAAAUAUUUGAAAGCCAUUGUUGGGGGUGGGGUGGGGAAACAACAGCAACAAAACAAGGACACUUAAGUUUCUUCCUGGAAAUAAAACAUGCUCUACCAUAUUCUCCUCCCAACGGGUACAGGGAAGUUCUCAAGUGUGUUUGAAGUAACUUUGCGUUAAUAUUAAACUAACUGGAAAUUAUCUCAGGUAGUGUAAUGAGUGAUGGUUUUAAUUAAGUUUUACAGGAGAAAUCCUUUAAAAAAAUGAACAUUUUUAUGUGCACAGAAUAUUAACAUAAUCCAACUCUCAGAAGGUGUGGGUCCUUGGCUUGGUUGACAUCUCUAAGUCCCAGAAGCCUAACCAUAACUGUGCUUAACCCUAGUUUAGGAGGAUCCAGUACGGUAAACCAUCUACCAUUCAGACACAGAUCAGCUCCUCAUAAACCAGGGUUAAGCACGGGUAUGGUUGGAGCUUGUCUAACACAGGGGCUGUUUGAUGCUGCAUUCUGACAUGUUUUGCCGGUCUUCCUUCUUCACAACGCUAGAAACAAGAUGACAACACUGGUGCUCCGUUCAAUACUCUUUUUUUUUUUUCCUACUAGGAGAGGAGAGAUGGAUUAGCCCGAGGGUAUUGUUUUCUAUGGGCACAAUUAUGCAGGGUACCAUACAGUGGGUCCUUGUGAAACCCUGGCUGAAUGUUUGUGAUGAUUCCAAAGAACCAGUCAACUAAGCUGCCAGCUUAAACACCGAUGAAUGAAUCUUUUACACCAGUCAUGGAGACACAGCUCUAUAAGCUCAAUCCUUAAGAGGCUUAGGCAGGAAAAUUGUAAGGUGAAGGCCAGUUUAGGCUCCAGUGAGCUCAAGGUCAGUCUGUCUUUGUGAAAUCCCAUCUCAAAGCAAAAUGUGAAGUAAAAGAAAGAGGGUUGCGCCAUAGUGGUGUAACUGCUAAGCCUGGGCAAGGCUAAGGCUAAUCCUCGGCACGCCAAAACCUUCAAAUGGGAUCAAAAGUUCCUUCAGGUAUCUGCUGGCAGGAAAUUUGAAUUCUCAUUUCGAUUCUUGUCCUGAGGAAGAUGAUUCUGUGUACCGGGUCAGGCAAGGCUGCCCUUCCACGGAGGACGUAACCCUGGUCCAGACCUGAGCACUGGAGUCUUCAGGGUCUAUUACAUGACACAUAGAAUUUAAAAUGAGUUUAAGGAGCCGGGUGGUGGUAGUGUAUACCUUUCAUCUCUGUACUCGGGGGACUGACUCAGAUGGACCUCUGUGAGUUCGAGGCCAGCCUAGUCUACAGAGUGAGUUCCAGGACAGCCAGAGCUACACAGAGAAACCCUGCCUACAAACAAACAAAUUUAAAGGGCUAGUGACCACAUUAACAGAGAACAAGUUAUGGGAGUUGAUCUUUUCUUCCAUGAUGUAGGUUCUGGGAAUUGAAACCAUGUCAUCAGGCCAGCACCCUUACCUCCUGAGCCAUCUUGCUGCUCCCCACCCUCAACAUUUCCUUUUUUAACUAGCCACGUUGUUGAAAAGCUUGGGUUAAUUAAGGUAUUAGGAUUCUUGCUUUAGAAUUAGCGUCGCCUGAGGAUGUUUCCGGUAAAUCUAAGUACCACGACGAAGGUGGGCCCUGCUUUGCAUAGUUUAAAUAUAUCAAUGGAAAGACUACUUGUACUGGACGUGGGCAGAUUUUCCUUCUUUUUUUUUUUUUUCAGUAAAUAUCAAGUACUUGAUCAGUGCCCUAGGCACAGGGGGUUUUGAGGCAAACACAUUCUCCUACUUUCUAGUCUAUGUAGUGGAAAUAGUAGAAAGCAUGAAACCAGAAGCUAUGAGGAAGCAAUACAUAUUUAGAUGAAAAAAAAAAUCAACCCUGGGGACUGACAGUGACAUGCGGGAGAUUCUUUCAACAGAACAGUCUGGAAGGAUUCUCUCAAGAGGUCAGAGGAGGGUUAGGUCACGAGAAGAGCCAGCAUGAAGGUAUCUAAGGAGAGACUAUUUUGAUAAUGGAUAGAAUAGUCAAUCCUGUCUGGCAGAGGAGAACUGGAAUGUCAAUGGUAUGAGAUUCUCCAGUAUUAGCAUGACAUACCCAUGAUGUCAUUCCUCCAGUUUUGAAAUAGAAAUUAUUGGAUUUUCAUACCAACAUCAACAAUGAAUCCAUGAGCAGAGAAGGACAAGGUUGGAGUUCUAGAUCAUACUUCCAGGAACUCCGUAUCUGUUGAAGAGGAGGGAAAAAGCUAUGUCCCCGCAUGUUACCUGUGGCCCAGGUAUCAUGAGCUGCCUAAACAUUAUUGACAUUGAUUUCUUCUGGGGGUUGUUUUGUGAAUAUUCUGCUGAAGGAACAAUCAUAGAAGAACAAAAGUGUAAGCAAACUGGCCAGCAUAACGCUACUUCCAAUGUGCUUUAGAUUAUAUAGAACUAUGAACGAUUUAAGGAACCAAGUUGAAGGCUCGGUGUUACAUCAUGAGGCAACAGGUGCUGUGGGGCAAGCUAUAGCGGUCUCACUGAAAGAGUGUUUUCUGAUAUUAAAUAUCACAAAAUAAUUUAUUCUAGAUAACCCCAUUAAGAUGAUGGAGCACAGUGUUUAAAACUCGUUUGUUUGAAUUCAAGUGUGAGUUCAGGAAUUGAAUUGAUACUGUUGGAUGCUAGUGUUUCAACAGAGAUAAUUUUUGUUUCAAAAUCGAAAAUAAGAAGAAACUAUUAAAAUUAUGAGUUAAGAAAAGUACUUUACGUUGACACAAUAUUGAUAGAACUCAAAUUAUACAGUAAUCUAGAUUUAUAAAUGAUAAUUUUUGGUUUUUUUUGUGAAAUAAAAGAAGAAUGAAAGAAAUAUAUAGUAAUUAAAGUGUGUGGCUAAAGAAUGUGAUAUUUUCUAAUUUGUCCAACCAGUUCUGGCUAAUCACAGAAUAAUCAGAUAUACAAGACGAUUGAAA